AUGUUAUACAGAUACAGAAGUCAUAGAAAAUAAAUCAUUCUUGAAUAGGUUAUCAUUAUUUAUUAUUGCUGUUACCAAUUGUUUCUAAGAGGAGCACCUGCUAUUUGGUUUAAUAUAUUUUCACUUAAGUUAGAAUAACAUCUUGCUUAAUAUAUAACUUUAUUAAUUGUAUUCGCAUUCACAUGUGCAUAAAUACAACCAAUGGUUGAGAUUACUUUCACUUAAACAAUUUUAGAAUAAAUAAUUCUUAUUCUCAUAUUUCUUUACUCUAAAUACAAUUUCACAAAUCUUAAAAAACAAACUCAAAAUUCAAUACUCAAAUAAAUCAUCAGAAAUGUGCGAUAUUAUGCUUUUGAUUAAAACCAAAAUGAAAUUGAUGGAGAUAAUAAGUUAUAAUCUCACUAAAUCUUAAUCUCUAACGCUACAUUAUUUUCAUCUCGCUCUGAGAGUCAGAAAUUAUAGUAGCAAAUAAGAAAGGAUCUUAAAAUCAAAUGUUACACAGUAUAACAAACAGAAAUAGCAUAAGAAUCUUAAAUAAUGGCUUCAAAACCAUCAGUUUUCGAUUCAUUAGGAGGUUUUCUUGAAUUCUAUUCUAAAGAUAAACAUUAAAUUAAAAACAAAUUAAUUGUAGCCUCUGAAUUUGAUGAAAUUUCUGGACAUAAACAAUAAUAUACAUUGUAUAUACAAUAAUUCAAAUAUAUGAUGAAAACUUAUACUUUAGUAGCAUUUGUAGGUUUAGAAGAUAAAAUACCAUCAAAACAAACCAAAAAUAUUGACAAAUUCAAAUUGAGUUUAUCCAAAAUAUUUACUCACAAAUUGAAAACUCCCUUAAAUACUACACUAGGCUUUUUAUAAGCAAUUGUACUAGAAAAUAACACAAUAGAUGAAUAAGUGAAGGCUAGUUUUUUGAAGCCUGCGUUCAUUAAUUCAAAAAUCUAAUAUUAUUAGGUGUAGGAUAUUUUAGAUUAUGUAAAUUCAAAUAAUUUAGCUACUUAUAAAAUGAGUAAGGUAAAUUUACAUAAGACAUUACAAUUAAUUUACGAUAUGAUCGAAUUGCAAUGUAGAGCCAAAUAGAUCUAGGUAAUUUUCACAGUCAAUUCUAAGCCAUUUGAUGUAAAUGAAAGGUACUAAAAUUUUUGGAAUAUAUAAUAGAGCAAUAUAUUUAACAACUGAUUAAUUAAGAUUGGAGCGAAUUCUAUUCAAUUUAUUGAACAAAUCUUAUAGACAUACAUAAAUUAAGGGUAAAAUAUAAUUAAAUGUUGAUGUAUUGUCUGAAAAUAAUUAAGUAUAAUUUAAAAUAAAUGAUAAUGUAUAAGGAUUCAAAUAAGAAUAGUUUGAGUAAAUAAAUAACUUUGCUCGUUUAUAAAAUAAAUGUAUACAUGGAUUUCGUAAUUCUAUAGUAAAAGGAUCGACUUUUAAAUUUAGUCUAACACUAUAAAUAACAAAUAAAUUAAUUUAUUUUCUAAGUGAUUUUUAAUGUUCUUUACAAAUUAAUCAUGAUUUAGAUGAGGGAGCUAGUUAUUAAUUUUUUAUCAGUCUUAAUUGCCAAUAAUUAGUUAUGCCCAAUUCUAAUGAUAUAAGUUAAAAGAAUUUAAGUAUCCAAUAGAAGAAUUAAGGUUCAUUUAAAUAACAUUUACCUAAUCAUAUUUCAUUGUUUACAAAAAGUUAGAUAUAAUCGUAUAAAUUGAAUUUAUUUUUUUAAGUUAGGAUAAAGUCUUAGAGGAAUUUGAUAUUGAGGAAGAACCUUUAGCAAAUAAGCCACUUUAAUUAAGUACGUUAAUCACAUAGAAUCCUACUAAAGGUCUAAUAUUUUAGAAUCAUCCUAUCUAAUAAAGUAUUUUUCCUUUUCAAAAAUCCGUAUAUUAAAAAGAAAUAAAUGAUAAAUCCCUAACAAUAUCAAUUGCUUUUGACCAUUCAUUUAAUGUGAAACGUGCAUCAGAUUCAAUAGAUAUGAGAUAGGAUAUGAAUUAAACUAUUAUGUUAGUUGAUGAUGAGCCAUUUAAUCAUGAUACGUUAAAGUUAAUGUUAAAGAGUUUAGGAUUCAAAAAUUUUAUUAGUGCUUAUCAUGGUUAAUAAUGCAUAGAAUUAGUCAAAAAACAUUACAGGACUAUCAAAAUUAUCUUCAUGGAUUUAGAUAUGCCAAUUAUGGGAGGAUUAAAAGUAAAUUAAUAUAAACAUAUUUAUAAAGGCUACAAAAUUACUUAUAUAAAAAAUGUAAGAUGGGGAAAUCGAUUUUAUUCCAAUUGUUGCUUGCACAGCACAUGAUGAUAAAGAUACGCAAUAGGAAUGUAAUGCAGCAGGUAUGAUAUGUAUCAUUACAAAACCUGUGUUUAUCAGAAGUUUACAAGAAACAUUUUUGAGAAUUAAUGAAAUCAAAAUUAAAUCUCAAAAUUUUAUCUUUGGAUAAAAAGGAAUUUCUUCAAGUAUUAAAUGA